AUGAUUUUCAUGAAAAUUUUAUUAUUUUUCAUUACUAUCCAUACUUCAAUAGCAACACUAAAUCAAAUUCAAGAUCAAAUCGAUCGAUUAACGAAAAGUACACAAGAAAAAAUUUUCAAUACUCUCCUAUUAUCAUCAUCGAGAAAUGAUCUAAAAGAUACCGGUGACAAUUGGUGCUGUAAAAUCGAUCAUGGUGUUACAGCAGUAUCACAAACACGACAAACAACAUUCUAUAUACUUAAAAGUGGCCGUCAUAAAUGUGGCUAUGAUGGAUGUGGUUUUCUUGGAUGGAGUCGUUGUACACGUUGGUGUUCUGAAACUUGGUUAGAAGUACAACAUGGUGUUGAAACUUAUGUAGUUUAUACAGAGAAUAUCUGCCCCAAUGAUCAAAUUGUAUGCUGCGCACAACAUAUUUAUGCACUCGGUCAUUGCUUUUCAUUUACAGAAAUUUAUAAUAAUCAACAACUAUUGGCAGAUUUACAUGAAUUAGGAAUUGUUAUUCCAGGUCCUUCUAUUGGCUGA